AAAUAAAUAAAUAAAUAACAUCACAAGGGACCUGAUAAGUAAAAAUACAAUAGUUCGUUGACUAACUUGUGUUCGGGAAUAGUCUUUAUGUAUCUACUCACUUCCAUCGGCACAAACAAAUAGUGAGUAGCGAACAUCACCCAGAACCCAAGAAUGGCGAAAGAAGAAGAGGUGAUUCUACUUGAUUUCUGGGCGAGCAUGUUUGGGAUGAGGGCCAGGAUAGCACUUGCUGAAAAGGGUGUUUCAUACGAAUACAGAGAAGAAGAUUUGAAGAACAAGAGCCAGCUUCUCUUGGAGAUGAACCCGAUUCACAAGAAAAUUCCAGUUCUCAUCCACAACGGAAAACCGAUCUGCGAGUCUCGCAUCAUCGUUGAAUAUAUCGAUGAAGUCUGGAACGAUAAAGCUCCAUUGUUUCCUUCUGAUACUUAUGGCAAAGCAUGUGCGAGGUUUUGGACUGACUUUAUUGAUAAAAAGGUAUACCUAAAUGGGAGAAAUUUGCUGUUCAAAGCAGAAGGGGAAGAACACGAGGCAUCCAAAAAAGAGUUCAUCGAUUCCCUUAAACUGAUUGAAGGAGAGCUUGGAGAGAAGCCUUACUUCGGAGGUGAGGAAGAGAUUGGGACUUGA